AUGUUUAAAUCAAUGAUUAUAUUCCAAUAUAUGCUGAUCUUUCUUGUAACAUUAAAUUCUGGAGAGCCGCAUGAAAUUGAGGAUGCAUCAUCGUCUCCAACGGCUGUAUUUAUCAAACCAAAAGCAAACAUAAUGCGCCGUCUUAAUCCCCUUAAACUUUUAUUCAAUGUGGCUCAUAUUCUCGAAACUUCAACUUAUUCUGUUGAAUGGAAUUUCCCUCUUUUAAAAACUAUGUUACUUGAAAGUUCUUAUGUUAGUGAUGAAGAUAAAGCUUUGUUUAUUAAAGAAUUUGUAAAUCAAGUCAAUGAUUAUGCUAAUUGGUCAAACGAAAAACGCUAUGAAUUAGAAAGAUUUACUGAAAAAUAUUUUAACAUAUACAAAUCAUCCGAUGAAUUUUUACCAUUUAAUGAUUGUUCAGCUCUGACCCAUGGUCUUAUGGACGAAAUGAUUAAUGAUCUUCAACCGAAUAUCAGCGAACGUAAACGAACAGAAAUACGUGAAAGAGCAGCCGAGCGUUUGUGCAAUUCAAAAUAA